UACGACGUCAACGGCGGCGUAUCCGUCAGUACGUUUGUACGCGUCCGCAGCGCCGCUUCUUCAGCUUUUCGGUUUUCGGUUUUUGGGACUCCGGCAGAUUCAGAUCAGAUCCGUUUGCGAGUUCGAUAUUUUCAUUCCGAGCCGAUCCGAUUCCGCUAGCGAUCCGCAGCAGAUAGAGAUCCUAAAUCGAACGCGCGAGAAAUUAUGCUGGCCCGCUGCUCUCGCUCUACGCGCAAUAAUUUAUUUUUACUCCAUAUAAACAAAUUCAACGUCUAUUUCCAAAAAUAAAUGGCAACAAUAAUAAAAAUAACAACAGCCGUCGGACAAUUAUAAGUUUUUAUUUUUAACUUUUAUUUGCGCCCGCCGUCGUGAGCCCCGCCCCGUCCACUUCCCGCCCCCCGGACUUUGUUUAUAUUUACAAAAGCUAAGGCACACGACAAACAUAACGGCAAACAUAUCACUGACUGCAUUUCGCCCCGAUGUUUAUCGAGCGAGCGGCGUAAACAAAGCCCGAAUUCUGAGUUCUGAAUUCUGAAUUCAAACAACAGUUCAAUUUGCAUCUCAAUUGCGAAGAUUUUCGUGUGUGAGCGGAAACAUUUGUGCAAACACCUCCCGAGCGACCUGGCAUCCCGCAAAGUUCAAAACUCGUCGGUUUCUAUUGAGCAGCCUUUUUGGGAACCUUUCUUGAGGAAACGGAAGCUCUGCUGAAAAGCGAAUCAUUUACCUGAGGACAAUUUAUACGGAAACACAACAAUUAUAUAGAUCUAUAUACACACCUAUAUACACAAGAGAAUUUGCCGUUUUGACAAGCCGUCCACUUAUACACACAGCGAGAGGAGGGAUACUAUAUAGGCAAUAUAUAUAACUAUGCCCCACGCCUGCCGCCCGAGGAAGAGCCACAGCAAUCCGCAGGGCAGCCACUAACAGUAAGAGAGUUUUGCAGUUUGCAGUCGGGAAUCCGGCGAAGGAGCAGGAAUCCAAGCCAGCAGGACUCAGCCAGCCGAGCCCAAGGACACCGACGUCUCCGUUUCAGCCGCAGGAGGAGGAAAGCGAAGCUGUUGCCAUGGGUCGCAAAAAAAUCCAAAUAUCACGCAUCACCGACGAGCGCAAUCGGCAGGUGACCUUCAACAAGCGCAAGUUCGGAGUGAUGAAGAAGGCCUACGAGCUGUCCGUGCUCUGCGACUGCGAGAUCGCCCUCAUCAUCUUCUCGUCGAGCAACAAGCUCUACCAGUACGCCAGCACCGACAUGGACCGCGUCCUGCUCAAGUACACCGAGUACAACGAGCCGCACGAGUCGCUCACCAACAAGAACAUCAUCGAGAAGGAGAACAAGAACGGCGUGAUGUCGCCGGACUCGCCCGAGGCCGAAACGGACUACACACUCACGCCGCGCACGGAGGCCAAGUACAACAAGAUCGACGAGGAGUUCCAGAACAUGAUGCAGCGCAACCAGAUGGCCAUCGGCGGUGCGGGGGCGCCGCGCCAGCUGCCGAACAGCAGCUACACGCUGCCGGUGUCUGUCCCGGUGCCGGGCUCCUACGGCGACAACCUGCUGCAGGCCAGCCCCCAGAUGUCGCACACCAACAUCAGCCCACGUCCAUCGAGUUCGGAGACGGAUUCAGGUGGGAUGUCGCUGAUAAUCUAUCCAUCGGGUUCCAUGCUGGAGAUGUCGAACGGCUAUCCGCACUCGCACUCGCCGCUUGUGGGAUCACCGAGUCCGGGUCCCAGUCCCGGCAUAGCCCACCACUUGUCCAUCAAGCAGCAGUCGCCGGGCAGCCAGAACGGCCGGGCUUCCAACCUGCGGGUCGUCAUACCGCCCUCCAUCGCCCCCUUGCCGCCCAACAUGUCCGCCUCCGACGACGUGGCCUACGCAGAUCAACGACAGAGCCAGACGUCGCUGAACACGCCGGUGGUCACGCUACAGACGCCGAUCCCCGCCCUCACGAGCUACUCCUUCGGGGCGCAGGACUUCUCCUCCUCCGGCGUAGACAUCAUGAGCCUCAACACCUGGCACCAGGGCCUCGUGCCGCACUCCACUUUGUCGCACCUGGCCGUCUCGAAUAGCACGCCGCCGCCCGCCACCUCACCCGUCUCCAUCAAGGUCAAGGCCGAGCCGCAGUCGCCGCCGCGGGACCUCUCCGCCAGCGGGCAUCAGCAGAACAGCAACGGAUCCACGGGCAGCGGCGGCUCGAGCAGCAGCACCAGCAGCAACGCCAGCGGUGGCGGCGGGGGAGUUGGCGGAGGAGGAGGCGGAGGCGGCGGAGGGGCAGCCAACGUGAUCACGCACCUGAACAACGUCAGUGUCCUGGCCGGAGGAUCAGCGGGCCCCGGAGGCGGCGGCGGAGGAGGAGGAGGCGGUGGCGGUGGCAGCAACGGGAACGCGGAGCAGGCGACCAACCUGAGCGUGCUGGGCCACGCGCAGCAGCACCACCUGGUCAUGCCCAACUCGCGGCCCUCGUCCACGGGCCACAUCACACCCACUCCAGGGCAUGAUAAGUAUGAAGGAUAUCCGUACCGCGCGCUAAUGGGACAUAAUCCUAGAUGGAAUUUUGCCGGUGCGCCGAGCAGCGAGCAGGAUGUGCGUCUGGCCGCCGUGGCGGCGCAGCAGCAGCAGCAACAGCAGCAGCAGCAGCAACACCAACAGCAGCAGCUGGGCGACUACGACGCCCCCAACCACAAACGGCCGAGAAUAUCGGGCGGAUGGGGCACAUAGCCGGCACGAGCUGCCGGAAGCAGCCACUACAAGCCGCAUCACAGCAACAGUAACAGCAUCAGCAGCAGCAGCAGCAACACCAGCUGCCACAGCAACAGCAGCAGCAGCAACUCCAUCAGCAGCAGCAGCAGCAACAAGAAGCCGGCGGAGUGCGACGACCUGGCGAUGAUGCCGCCACCGCCGCGGAAGGAGCUGGCGAGGAGCUCCUACAGCCUCCUGCAGCCCGGCUACGACUGCUACGGGCAGCAGCUGGCGGUGUCCUACGGAGCGCAGCAGCUCCCGUAGUCCCUCGGCGUCCUCCGUUCCCGCACCAGUGCAAUAGUUGAGAAACGGGAAGCGUGAAGCGUUAGGCGUUAGGCGGGGGGAGCGGGGGCUUUGUUUUGUUUUCGGUUCAAGCGAACAGUGACAGUGUCAUAUCUAUAGUUAUUGUAACUUAAAUGAAUUACGAGUACAGCCUACGGUAAUAGAUAUAAUUUUAAAUUAUGAUGCAUGGCAGGCAGGAGCUCUGCCGCGCAGUUCGGGCAGGCCGGAGUGUUGAGCUGAUUUAGUUUAGUUUUAGUUACAAUUACAAUUACGAGUACAGUUACGCGUAUGGUUAAAGAUAAUGUUAAAUCUAGUUAAGGCAAGUGCUGCAGACGAAAAGAAAGAAGAAGAAGAGGAAGGGGGGAACACAUUCAGAACGGAAUGGAACGUAACGUAACUUGACGUAACGUAAUGGAAACGGAAACGGUUGGGGCGAGCUCCUUAUGCUGUAAAUAUCACACAGACCCCCAGCAGACGUACUCAGUGUUCGAUCAUAAUUUAUAGCUUAUCAUUUUGUGCAAUUACUGUCUCUUCAGUUCUGUUCUAUGCACACACUCUUUUGGCGGUUCGAAGUCGAGCCCGGUUUGUUUUUAGCUUACGCAAUUAUACACAUAAAUAUUAUACACACUUUACGAUUAUGAUUUAGUCCUGAUUUAAGCGAUUAUUUAAUAGACACUCUUCUCUUCAUCUCUUAAGCGAAACGAAGUCAUAUUUGUAAUUUACGUUUAAAGUGGAUUUCUAUUCAAUUUGAAGUGCUUCAAAUUCUUGUCCCUAAGUUUUGUAUUUUCUACAUUUACAUGCAUGCAGUUUGUAAAACAACAACAAUCGCAAUCGCAACCGCAACAACAACAACAACUCAACAAAAUAUAAUUUAAAUAAAAUUAUUCGAGAAACUCUUGUGUUCGCUUUUUGUUUCGGUUCUUGUUUUCGUUGCCAGUUUUGUUUGAUUAGUCCAUAUCUUUAUUUGCUACCCGCCCCGGCCCCACUCGCCAUGUUUCCGGCCCUGUUUGAACAGGCCAGUGGGCGUGUGGGCGUGUCUGCGUCUGUGUCAAUGUCAAUUGCCCAUUUCGAAAUUGCCAAUAUUUGACUAAGGGGUAAACGCGCCCGCCAAUAUUUGCUCUGGCCGCAUGACCUGUUGCACUUUAUACAGCCGCGCGCGGAGCGCAGCAGCAAGAGCAAGGUAUUUAUGUAAAUUUGUAUUUAAGACGGGCUGCAUCAGCUGUGCACAUUUAGGAGCAGAAUGCUUUCUGCAAGCUGCAACUGCAACUGCAGCCGGAGGAGAAAGUGAAGAGGAGCUAGCUUACACUCUACAGGUUUCCCCAUUGAACAAGCUUUACACGUACAUAUUUAAGCAUAUUGAAGCGGAUCGGGCGGGGAGUGCGAAGCGAAACGUCUACCAGCACGCGAAAGAUAUUUUAUAGCCAUAUUCGAUAUACACAUACACUAACAACUAAGCAACCAGCCGAGGUCCCCGAACCGAAGCGCACUUUUAGGAUGAGAGACCCUGGACGCGGUCCAUUCCGCGGCGAAUCUCCUCCAGUAACCCCGGGGAUGCCCGGAACGGGCCGCUCCCUUCUUUGUUGGUAACGUUAUAUAUUAUAUAUAUUGUGUACAUAUAAGUAAUUCGUGGAUAUUGUGGUUAUUCUUGUUGCACCCCUGAAUGUUGUGACCCGGACCCUACAUGAUUUUCAUAUUGUUUGCGAGGACUUUCGGACUUUCCCACACCCCUCCUCCCUCAAUUGAUUUGGACCUCCUUCUGUUGGUGUACAUAGAUCCUGGUGUAUAACUUCACUGUGUAGUGUUGCCUUAAAAACAGUGCCUCUUUUUGAUGAACAAACAAAUACAUGGAGACAUACACACUUGCAUACCUGCAUGUUGUACUAAUGUUGAUUGCAAAUGAUAAUGAUAACGAACAACUUGAUGGUGAAAAAUUUCAAUACAGGUGUUAAUUGUGCUACUUGAAUAAGCGUAGAUAAAUCUGGAUACUUUAAUGAUAACCCCAAUCGAACCUAGUGAGUCCCGAGAGAGAGAUAACCUCCACUAAGCAGCACGUAAUGUACAAAGGGCGUUUCAAUUGGCAUCGGACAAGGAAGGCUUACCCCGAAACCCACAUAGUCUAGUCUAUUUAAACAAGAAGUUGUUAGGAGUAAUAUAGAUUCGGUGGACUCGUUGUACAGUACAGACUGUCUAGAAGACGUCCUACGGUCACAGGGACCACUCGCAGCACGGAAGCAGUCGGGAAGUGGGAUCUCCGGAUCCAGGGUGUACAUUUGUAUUCGCUGUACCUUUAGGAUAGUACCUAGAUAAAAUGUUAGGCCCACGCACUGUUGUAAUGGGAUUUAUGUGGCACCCCACACGCAUCACGUACACGUACUAGUUGUACAAAGACUUGUGCUUGGACUCACCUAGAUAGUAUUGCGGCUCGCCCCAGAUAGUCUGGCGAGACGUGCGGAUCUGCACAAGGAUUAGGAGCAUUUCGGAGAGAGGGUCACCCACUAAGUGUAUCCAUCGAUGUGUCUGUUCAAAUAACCAUAUACAUCUAAUCUUAACGCUAAGCUAAGGACAUGCAACCGUUUUGGUGAAAAACAAAGUAGAGUAUACACACGCAUAUAUGUGAACUAUAUAAUGAGAAACAAGUUUUAUCCGUGCACUGAAUACGAAAGGUUUUGACAAAUUGACAAAUUGAUUGUGGAUUCAAUAUUUACCUAAUAAGUUGGUGUUUUAAACAGAAAAAGCGAGGGCUAAACCGAACAAUGAUAGUAGAACAUUUUAAAUAAAACCUUUUUGGCAACUGA